AUGGCCAGACCAUCGGGGCCACCGCCACCAGAGAGAUUGAGAAACACGCCGACUUGUGCUGACCCCGCCGUCAGGCACGAAGGGUGCGCGCCAGAUGGCGUUUGCGCGCACGGCUGCGACCACGAGCCGAGGACGGGAAGCGCCCGUGUCCGGGACGACUUUGACCAGGCCGAGGCGGUGGUCGGCCACCAGGAUGCGGCCCCCAGGCGUGCACGUGAGACCAUUGGGCCAGCCGUCGUACUCGGCCACCAAUGUCCAUGCUCUGCUCUGCGGAUCGCUCCGGCAGAUGCGCCCAAAUGGAAUGCCGACCACGUAGAGGCGGCCUUUCCGGUCAAAGCACGGCCCUUCCAAGAAGGUGCCGAUCGACUUGCCGGCAUCCCAAAUUAUGGUCAGCCCAUUCGCUGGUGCGGGCGGUCGAGAAAGAUUCCGGGACCGUUGUGUAAAUUUUCGCUGCGAGGCCUUUAUGCCUUGGCAAAUGACAUUCUGCACCCGCUCCGCCCCUACGUUGGUGGCUCCGUCCAUCACCACGGCAUGCCAAACGGAGAGUUGGCAGAUGCUGCUACUAUCAUGAACAACCAGGACCAUGUUGUGGAACGCAGCCGGGAGGCGAAAAACACGAUCCUGCGUCGUUAUUCAGACGCGCCCAAUGGGCUGCUCCAAGUCGUGAUGGACAUGGUCGACAACCAUGACAACUGGAGGCUGACCGAGGCUGCCAAGGCGCUGUUUGCUUCCGGCGAGUCGAGCAGACAGCCUAAGAGCUGGGCUGAGUCAAUGCGCAAGUGGCUUGACGUUGCCAAAGCGGUGGCCGACUUCUUCAAAGAAGCCCGCUCGACGGACGGCGCACCGUUUACGUGGCGCAUCGCGGAUGCCUGGGGCAAGCUGCGCGCGUGGUGGCGGGGCGGCUCGUCGUGA